AAAAGUCAGUCAAGUACAGGCAAUUAGAUCAAAGCUGUUUUGGGACAGCGACGAUCAUCAACCCGCAAGAGUACGCAGGAGAACAAGUGUGUCUGUUUCUUUUAAGGGGGCCACAAGUCCCAGGUCAGCAACCAGCAGGUCUCCAGGGCCCCCUAAAGAUGAAACUGUGAUGAAGGCCAAGGGUGAAUCUACCUCACAACAGCUUGCUCGUAUGUCUGUCGAGUCUAGUGAAGAAAGUGAAAAAGAUUUAGAUCUACUGCAUCGCUUGCCGUUUUCCUCUAAUGCCGUGAAACAGCUGGAGUUGCCAAGCCCUAACUACUGUUCUGAAGCUGCUCUGAGAAAACUGAGAACACGAACCCUGGCUGUUUUGCUGUCUCGCUCGCUUGCAGAUAAAAAACUGAUGGGCUGGGCCAGGAAGAGACCCCCGUGUUUCUCCUGUGAAGAGGCUCCUAGGCCUCAACCCAGCAGAGGUA